GUUGGUUCACCCAUUUCAAAAGCACUAGUGUCUAAGGGAGAGCUCAGACUCUAGAAUUUACUACAGGUUUGGAAUCAGAACGAGGUGUUAUAUAAAAGCCAUCAGGUGGAACAAAGAACUUGAAUGAGGGAAGGAACCCCUGGAGGUAAACAAUGUCAGCAAAGAAGCCCUCAACGAACAAGAAUAUUAAAAAGUUGCGUGCCAUAAGCAUGGUGUGCAGCCUUACACGAAGCUGGCAGCAGUGGGUGAGCGAAAAUGAAGAGAAGCAGUCCAGCGAACCCAGCGGAUGGGCCCCGGGGUGCCCAGAAGACCCCAAAGAUGCAAAAAAAGUAGUUCCGAAGAUCAGACCUUCUUGGAAGUCUCUUUCCAAUCAGGAGCCUACAAAUAAAAAACAGGAUGGUGUGGAGGCCGCGGGGGAGUCGCGCAUCAAAACUGCACAAGUGGUGAAAACUGUGACAAGGGAAGCUCAGGAGAAAAGUGCGGGCAUUGACUUUUUGACCAAACGCAUCUGCAAGGACCCGGAAAGCGAUGAACUAGACAAGAUGCUGAGCAAGAAAGGGUCACCCACCCGCCGCAGGAAGUGCUCCAACAUGGUUUCCGAGCUGACGCGGGGCUGGAAGGAAAUGGAAAAGGAGAAAAAGCAGGCUCAGGAGGGUGGUGAGGAUAAUGAGGAUUGGAGCCUGCAGCUAGGAACCAACCAGGAGGAUAUAGCGAAUAAUAGGACGAAUGAAAAUACAGAGUCUACGGUCACAAUCAAAAGAUCCACUGUUCUAAAAGGCAAGAAAGAGGUCGAAGAUGCCAACAAAAUAAAUGCCUUGUCCAGAAAAUACAGCGCUGUGGGCAACUUGAAAAGCCGCUGGCAAAACUGGGCAUCGGAGCAUACCGUCAAUCAGAAGCUUAACCCCUUCAGCGAGGACUUUGAUUAUGAGUACUCCAUGUCAACGCGGCUGCGGAAGGGUGAAGAGGGCUACGGGAGGCCCAAAGAGGGCAGCAAGACAGCAGAGAGGGCCAAACGUGCAGAGGCACACAUCCACCGGGAAAUAAAUGACAUGUGCUUCAUCAUAAGGACCAUGGCGGACCCGGAUCCAGAUGGUUACAUUAGAGUGACUUUUGGCGAUCUGUUUGACAGAUAUGUGCGGAUCUCUGAUAAAGUCGUGGGCAUACUAAUGAGGGCCAGGAAGCAUGGAAAGGUGGAUUUUGAGGGGGAGAUGCUGUGGCAGGGUCGGGAUGAUGGGGUCAUUAUUACUCUGUUAGUAUGACAGAAGACUGACACAGUGUGGUGACUGGUUUUGCUGCUGUAGAAAGGUAUUAUCUUCUUAAAUUAUAUUAUUAAAUUAUUAUGGUUCUAAGUGUUAUAUGUGUUUACAUGUAUGUAUUACAGUUUGUCUGCAGACUGAGUUUUCUGAGCUGCCUCAGCUCAUGCCGUGUUUGCUUGUUGUGUAUGUGCAUUUGCAUGUGCAAAGAUGUUUCACUGAAUCAUACUUUGUAAAUAAGAAACUGCUGAAAUGAAUUGGAUUUUUGCACUAAGGCUAUACGGUAGAGUAGGCGCUGCUGUGUUGGUAUAUUAUUUGUAAUAUUAUAAAUCAUCCAGAA